AUUCUAUAUUUCAUAUAUUGCAUUGUCAAUUCUUUAUGUGCUCUGCUUUUAAAUUGCAUUUUGCAGGCUAAUAAGGCAUGGGUAUUAUACAACUCCAAUACAAACGGUGAAGGUUUUCUUUCAGCAACACUCAAGGAUUUCACUGUUCUUGAUGAACGUGAUGGAAUUGAACAGGAAUUCAGGCGGGCAAUAGGAAUUGCUAACAGCAUUGGCACAGUUCAGCUGCACAUACCGACUGAUGAGCAGAAUCAAUUCACAAGUGAUGCAAGUACUAUAGAUGAAAAUGUUUCUAAAGCAGUUCCUACAAUGCUUAUUCUUGAUGCAAAAUUCACUCAGUUUUCAACAUUUGUCUCGUUAUCAGUUCAAAAGCCUCAACUUCUUGUUGCACUUGAUUUUCUCCUGGCUGUUGUUGAAUUUUUUGUUCCAACCGUUGGCAGUAUAUUAUCAGAUGAGGAAGAUAAGAGCUAUUUUCAUGUUACUGAUGCUGUUAUCUUGGAUCAGUCACCUUAUAUGCAGCCAUCUUCUGAACUGCAUAUAUCUCCUGGAAAACUAUUAGUAGCAGAUGAUGAAAAUAUUGACCAUUUCAUCUAUGAUGGUAAUGGUGGAGUAAUGCACCUAACAGAUAGAAACGGAGUUGAACUCUCAGCACCUAGUAAGGAGGCAAUGAUAUAUGUUGGGAAUGGGAAGAAAUUGCAGUUCAAAAACAUCAUUAUCAAAGGUGGACAAUUUUUGGAUUCUUGUGUUUUUAUGGGUACCAACAGUAGUUAUUCAGCAUCUAAGCAGGAUGAGGUGUACUUGGAGUUGGGGGAUAAUGUCGUCCAGCGAAGCUCUCAUGAAGUACAAUCUCAAGAUAUCACCAGCAACAAGUCUACUGAGUAUACUAUUGAAUUGCAGGUUGAAUACUGAACUAUCUUGAUUAGCUCUUGCAAUGUGAUUUAUCUAUUU